UAUCUGGUGUGCAAAAGGAAGCUUGAAAGUAAAAAGGAGGCAUUGCUAAUCCUUUCCAAAGAGCUGGACACCUGUCAACAGGAAAGAGACCAGUACAAGCUUAUGGCCAACCAGUUGCGGGAACGACACCAGUCUCUGAAAAAGAAGUAUCGGGACCUGAUUGAUGGGGAUCCAUCCCUUCCACCUGAAAAGAGGAAACAGGCAAAUCUUGCUCAGCUAUUGAGCGAAGCUCAAGAUCGAAAUAAACAUCUUGGAGAAGAGAUUAGAGAGCUUCAGCAGAGACUGGGAGAAGUACAAGGGGACAAUAAGCUCCUUCGAAUGACAAUAGCAAAGCAAAGACUUGGAGAUGAUGAAGUUGGGGCUCGCCACUUUGCAGCACAUGAACGGGAGGACCUUGUUCGACAGUUGGAGAAGGCUCGAGAACAAAUCGAGACUCUGAGAUACGAUCUACAGGCUGCACUGGAUGAGUUACAGGAUGUGAAAGAGGAGCGCUCUUUUUACCAAGAUAAGUCUGACAGACUAAACCAAGAACUUAAUCAUGUCUUAGGAGGACAUGAAAACCGUAUCAUCGAUGUAGAUGCUCUGUGUAUGGAGAACGGGUAUCUUCAAGAGAGAUUAAAACAACUUCAAGAGGAAGUCAACCUUCUUAAGUCUACUAUUACUAAAUAUAAGAAUGCACUAGAGAGACGAAAAAAUUCAAAGACUCAUAGUAGAUCCAGUAGCAGUGCUCUGACUGGAGUCCUGUCUGCAAAACAAGUCCAAGAAUUGUUGUCGGAGGAUCAUGGAUGUAGCCUACCAGCCACUCCACAGUCCAUUUCAGAUCUCAAAUCACUGGCCACUGCAUUGCUGGAAACUAUCCAUGAAAAAAACAUGGUCAUACAACACCAAAGGCAAACCAACAAAAUUCUAGGUAAUCGAGUGGCAGAACUAGAAAAGAAAUUAAGAACUUUGGAAAUUGCUGGCCUAUGGAGUCUUCCAGGUGGAAAGGAUACCAUAACGUUCAGUGACCCAACCUUGCCUGUUGUACAGCGGUCCAGGUCACCGUUGUUAGCGUUUACUGAUAAGCCACAGAAAACUGAAGUACAAGGUGAGCACCUGGAACAACAGAAGGGAGAAUGUGAUGAAACUUGUGCUGUCGCAAGUGAGUCCCUGGCUCCAGAGGGAACAAACUUAAAUAACAGAAACCAAAAUAAACAUUUUUAUCCUUCAUUACCCCAGUUACCUUCCAAGGAAGAAGAAAUAAACACGCCUGGAAGUCAGAUAAUUAAACUGACAGAGCAGGCAGUUGCAGAACUGGAAGGGAAAAGAGCAGGCGCUUCUGCAGGGGGGCAGAACACGGUGGCUGGAGCAGAGCUUAAUGGUUCAUCUGAGGGAGAGUUGCCACUUUCCAGCCCCGACCCAUCCGACCCCACAGAUCCCUUGAACUCAGAAAACGAACAAACAGCUGAAACUGAGGCCCUGAAAGACGGAACUUCAGAGAGUGACUGUGAAAUUACAAACGAAACAGGGGAUCGAAACAGCAGCACCGUGGCUGUGGUGCAUACUGAGGAGCCUGGAAGGUGUGGAGGGCUCAGUGUUACAACUGCAUGCAAAAAUAACAGCUUUGAGGAGCUCCCUGAAUCUGAAAACCAGAAACGAUUCAAUUCUGCUGAAAACUCUGAAUAUUUGGAUAACAGUUUGGUUUGA